AUGUGCCGUUCAUUCGUGGCUGACACUCUGAACCACACGCUAGCCGUUGCUCCAUCAUUGAUGGACUUCGACUUUGUUCCCUGGGGCAACGCGUACUACGUCACGUCUGAGUGUGGUGGCCCCAGGUCAUAUGAUAUCACCGCAAGGCAGUGCUUUAAUUCCAAGUGCGGUCUCGGUGCUGCCUCCCCGCCGGCAGACUGUUAUUCGGGGAGUAUUGUCUGCCAGCAUGGCAAGAGGGAAUGUGACUUCAAUAUGUGGUUCACUUGCGCAAGGAAGGUGUACGAGAGAGCGGAGCUGUACGUGCCCUUCGUAACAUGCAUGGAAGCGCAGUUUGACGCCGUCACCGACGCCCCGAGCGUUGCCGCGACCUGCGCCCAUUCGGCAGGUCUUGCCAUCGACCAUCUGGCCACUUGCUUCUACGGCCAAUCGGGAGUCCAGGCUCUUGCAGGGAAUGCAGCAGCGACGCCCCCUCAUGCUGGCGUGCCUUAUGUGCUCGUGGAGGGCAAGCCCUUGGAUGAUCCGUCAGCACUGCUCCAAGCGGUCUGCGAUGCUUACCAGGGCCCGAAACCAGCGGCUUGCGGCAGUAUUGACAGCGAAGCUGUUGUCUACUCCUAG